AUGUUGUCCAUACUUGGUCGUCUUAGUUGUCCACUGGUUCGCUUGACGAGGGUAACCGUUUAUCGUCAUUAUCGAGCAGCUGUUGCAGAUCACAUUGUGCCAAAAGAGGGUUACAAUUCAGAUUUGAGUUUGGAUUUGAACGAUGUAUCACCUAAAUCGAUAACAAAUAAUCUACUAUCAAUGUCCAAUAGACAAGCAAAUCGCUUAUUUUUUGAUCAUGAAGUACGGUUCGGUGUAAUUGAGAAAUUUAAACAGUUAAUUCAAGCAUCCACGAAUAAUUUAGAUGCCAAAAGACAAUUGCAUGAAAUAUUAUCAAUGAUUUAUCAUCAAAAAUUUCGAAUACCAACAAUUGAAAAAAUUCAUGCAGGUGCUGAUUAUCUUUUGAAUGAUAUUAAUUACAUGUUAGAACAAUAUUUAUUAGAUUACGUUGAUAAUUUAGUUGGUCCUCAAAUGGCUAAACUUGAUAUACCAAAAACAGGCAAAGCCUAUGUUAAAUGGAUAAUGAAUAUCAUACAAAAUCAUGCGGCCGUCAAACAUCCGUAUUAUAAUGAGUUUAUGGCAACAACAGCGGAUAAAAACGAUCUUAAAUAUUGGCUAGCGCAGGAAAGUACAUUAGAUCAGAAGUUUGACGACAUUUUGGCAUUGAUGCAAGUGGGAUCAUCAGGCAUUGUCAAAUUGGAAAUAGCCAAAAACUAUUGGGACGAAAUGGGUAAUGGCGAACAAGGAAAAACUCAUACAUAUCUGUUUGAACUGUUGAUGAAUGAAUUAAACAUCACAACUGAUUAUAUACAAAACAAUUUAUUAUUAACAUCAUUAAUCACUGGUAACAUAUCAUCGUGUUACGUUUUGAAUAAAAGUUUAUUUUAUCAAUCCAUUGGUUAUUUUGGUGUUACAGAAUAUUUGGCACCCAUACGUUUCAAAAAAGUUGUGAAAGCAUUAGAACGAAACGAAAUAUCAGAAGCCGGUAAGCAAUAUCAUAAGUUGCAUAUUUGGAUUGAUAAAAUACACGGUGCUGCAUGGUUCAAUAAUGUCGUGAGAUCAAUGAUUGAUAAACAACCAGAAUGUGGUAUAGAAAUUGCUAGAGGUGCAUUAGCUCGUCUAGAAACAUCAUUAGAACAUUUAGAGUCAUUUGCGCCACCAUCAAGAGAAGCGUCAGCAACAAUUCCUCCACAGCAGCAGUCAGCGGUGGGAAAUCAUUCACUUUAG